AUGAAUAAAAUAAAAAAAUAACUUUUAUACACUAAUAAUAUUUAAACUAUUGAUAGACUAUUGAGAUUGAAUAUUAAUGAAUAAAUAGCAAUCAAACAUUUAUCAAAUUUAAGUUUAGCAACUAAAUAUACUCUUCUCAAAAAGGGUUCUGUAGAAUUGUAAUAAUUAAUAUUAAUGGAUAUUUCAAAUACAUCACUUCCAUAAAAUUAUACAAUUGGAUAAUUAUUCACUUAAUUAUUUAAAAAUAUUUUAAGUUUUGGAAUAAAACCUGAAUAACCACAAUACAAAGCUAAUCUAUUAGAUCAUUUAAGUUUAAAAUAAAAAAUUAAAUUAUUUUGUAAAAAUCACCAUAAAUAUUUUAAUGAGAAUAUUAAAGAUCAAAUACUUGAAGAUAUUGAAAAUCAAAUACCAAUCAAUAUAAAAUCUAAAUAUUUAUUAAAAUGGCUUUAUUUAUAAGAUGAUAAUACAUAUUAAUAAUAUCAUCCUCUUAUAAUUAAUAUAAUAUUGAAUUAACAGAAUGGAGAAUUAAAUUAUGAAUCUCAUAAAUACAUCAGUUUAUUAUAUAGAAAACUAUCAUAAUCUUAAUUUGAAAAUGUUAAAUUGUUUUUGAAAAUCUAUUAAGAUCUUGCUUUAUAAUUUAUGAUGACUAAAAAUUCAAGGAAUAGAAUAUUGCUGAAAUUAAAACUUAAAAAACAAUUAGAAUUGAAUUAUCCAUUAAAUUAAAUUGAAUAGGAUUGUUAAUAAUAUAAGAAUUUGAAUAAAUUAGAUCAUAUUAAAUUUUAUCUUAAAUAUUAAGGGAAUUUAGAAUGGUUAUUAUAAUAAAUUAUAUAAUAAAAGGUUAUUAACCAUAAUCAUAAAACAGAAGUUUUAUAACUUAUCAAUCAUAUCAUCAAAAUAAAUUCAUGUGAAUCAUAUUAUUAAUAAUUAUUUGAUUAGAUUAUGGAUGCUUUUGAACCUGAAGAAGUAUUCUAUCAUGAACUUUAGUAAAUAUUUCACUUUUUAUUAAUUGUAAAAGAUUAUCCUGAAAUGAUUUUAGUAUAGUUAUUUAGAAUAUUUGCAGAUAAACAUAUACUCUUUGAUCCUCAAGAAUUUUCUGUAAUUGUAUUAUUAAUCAAUCAAUUUUAAGAAAUUAAUAUAUAGGAUCAAUAAUAAACAUAUUAAAUUUCUAUUUAUGAUGAAUUAAGAGAUUAUUAUCUGAAGAAUUCAUUAUCAAUGAGCAAAGAAAUUCAUUAAAUUUUUAUUAGAUAGACUACAAAUAAAUUGGGUUGA